GAGCGGACGUGCGCGCGGAUGAUUUGUGUUUUGACUACACACCUUUGAAAGCGCGAUCGCAGAGCCGCAGGCGGAAAAAGCUGUAGCAAAACAAAAAUUGCAAAACGCCGCAAAUAUUUAAUUAAAAAAUUCUAUAUGAAUUUAAGUGCUGUGAACGACAAUUCUAACACAAAAGUGCCCUUUUUCGCUUACCAACGUGCAUAUACGGCAAGUUGGUAACAAAUACCAGUGCAAAGACUGAAAACAAACACACGCAUACAGAGGCAUAAUUCGGAGUUAGCCGCUCUCGCGCGUCCGUGUGUGUGUAACCACUUUUUACCUGGAAUUACCUGUUUGUUCGAGUGAAAUUAAAGCGAAGUAGCGAACAAAGCGCAGUUGGCAAACAAGCCGACAUACGAAUACGAAUACCAAAGCAAAGGUGAAUGAGUGUAAAUGAUAUUUUUUCUAAAGCUGUGCGCAAGCGGCAAAGAAUGUGAAUCAACGAAAAGUAUUGAAAAGAAUUAAUAAAUAUAUAGUAAAUGCAAUAAAUAAAAAUUAAACAAACGUAAAAGUUUGUGUGUGAGUGCGAGAGAGCGAGUACGCGCUCAAUUGAUGCCAUUCAAUAAAGCAAUUUGCGGUUGCCAUGAGAAUGCAGUCUAAACAAACGAAAAAAUUACAACAAAAACGAGAAUAGUGAACUACAAAACAACGAAAUUUAAAGCAAAGAAGAACAAGAGCUUACGUAGAAAUCUACCUGUGAUCGCGACAAAUACACACACACACAUAGAAAAGGAAAAAUACUAAAUCUAAAUACCGCUUAACAGAAAUACUGGGUGAUUCAUAAAGUUUAUAGAGUAUUUGUUGUAAUGUGGGCUGCUACUUGAGCUUGCAUUUUUCUACUGCCCCCCAACCCAUCAAGCGCGCACCUGCCACAAAAGUAAUGCAAUAAAAUGGCGUUACCCACACAUAAAUAUAUUAGUAAUAAUAAAAGCAACGACAAAAAUCCUGCACAGCAGCAGACACAUCAGCAGCAUAAACGAAAAAGCCGUCAAGAAACAACGUCAACGAUAAAAUGCAGCUACAGCCACGCCUCCUGCCCACUCAGCAGAGUGCUUGCGCUUACCUUAGCCCUCAGCAUAUUUAUCAACGCUCCCGCCUCCACGCAAGCCGUGCAAGCCGGCUACAGCAGCAGCUCCCACUCUUCCCCCUCGAAUAAUUUUGCCGGCGAUAAUCGCAAGCCUGCGUUUAAAAAUUGCGCCAGCUAUGCGCCUUCGGUGAAGGAGGAGCAGCCCGAGCGCACCUAUGUCUUCAAGGUGGAGGCCGUCGAUCCCGAUCCGAACCAGGAGAUCACCUACAGCAUAGUGCAGUCUGCAUUUGAUCGUCCUAAAUUCUUAAUAAAUCCACAAUCCGGCGUCAUUGUCACCAUACACACGUUCGAUCGUGACGAGCCCAUACAUGAGAAAUUCGUGUUCGUUACGGUACAGGCCACGGAUAACGGUCGUCCGCCCUUGGAUGAUGUCUGCACCUUCAACGUGACCAUCGAGGAUAUUAACGACAACCCGCCCGUGUUCAACAAAGCGCACUACGAUGAGUCCAUGUCCGAGAACACACAGCUGGACGCGGUAGUGAUGUCGAUCAGUGCCAGCGACUUUGACGAUGGCAACAAUAGCAUCAUUAUGUAUGAAAUAUUGCGGGAGCGCGACUUUCAGUACUUUAAGAUUGACAAGGAUUCGGGCAUUAUCUAUCUGAGUCGUCCCAUUGAUAGGCGUCCAUCGCAGAUGUAUACGAUAAAUGUGCGAGCCUAUAAUGUAGUGCAGGAUCCGAUGCAGGAUGCGCAGAUUGAAGUGCGUAUACGCAUAGUGGAGUCUUCGAUAAAGCCGCCCUCCUUUGUCAAUCCCAUCGAGGAGACCAUUUAUCUAAAGGAGAAUAUGAAUGAGUUUUCCAAGCCAAUAGCGACACUACGCGCUGUUUCGAAUAUGCCAGACAAGCCGGAGGUGAUCUUUGAACUCAUCACAGGACGCACGGAGCAGACCAACGGCAAAAAUACGUUUGUCUUCAAUCAAAUCGGCAAUGAGGUGACCAUCAAGCUGGGCAAGAGUCUGGACUAUGAGGCAAUUACAGAUUAUACGCUAACCAUGAGUGUGCGCAAUACGUUUGAGCUGGCGGCAGAGCAUCAGAUUAAGAUUAAGGUGGAGGAUGUCAACGACAAUAUACCCUUCUUUACAGAGGUCAAGUCGGGCACUAUACUGGAGAACGAGCCGCCGGGUACGCCGGUUAUGCAGGUGCGCGCCUUCGACAUGGAUGGCACAUCGGCAAAUAAUAUUGUCACCUUUGCGCUGGCAGAUAGUCGCGAAUUCUUUGCCAUAGAUCCGCAAACGGGAAACAUUACGGCUUUGACCACUUUCGAUCGGGAGGAGCGUGACUUUUAUAAUGUAAAAGUUACCGCUACGGAUAAUUCAGCUUCAAGCUUAUUCGACAAUGGGGAACCCAAUCAGGGCAAUCAAGUUUUUCGAAUUGCCAUUGGAGAUAAAAACGACCACAAGCCGCAUUUCCAACAGGCCACCUAUGUGGCGGAUAAAUUGCUUGAGGAUGCGAAUACUAAUUACGAAGUGAUUGAGGUUAAGGCCGAGGAUGAGGAUAAUGCUUCGUUGAUACUCUAUAGCAUUGAGAGCGGUAACGUAGGCGAUGCUUUCAAGAUUGGCAACAAGACAGGCAAGAUAACCGUAAAUCAGCGUUUGGACUACGAAACUAUAACGGAAUAUGAGCUCAAGGUGCGCGCUUUUGAUGGCAUCUAUGAUGACUACACCACGGUGACAAUUAAAAUAGCGGAUGUGAACGAUAAUCCGCCGGUGUUCAAGGAGGAAUACAGCAAGACCAUACAGGAGGGUCCAAUACAAUCGAACGACUGUAUAUUAAUCAUCGAAGCAUACGAUCCGGAUAUUAAGGAUCGGACUGCAGAUCAGCAUAUAACCUAUGCUAUUGUAAAGGAAGAUCACAAAAAGUUCCUGACCAUAGACAAUGCUGGCUGCUUGCGUUUAAUCCAACCGCUCGAUCGUGAUCCCCCCAAUGGUCAUAAGAGCUGGCAGGUGCUGAUCUCCGCCAGCGAUCAGGAUGGUGUGGGCACCAGUCUCAAGUCAGUCAAGGCUGUCAUCAUAACACUCGAAGACAUAAACGAUAAUGCUCCCUUUUUGAUCAAUCAAAUGCCUGUCAUCUGGCAGGAGAAUCGCAAUGCGGGUGAAGUGGUGCAGCUGCAGGCCAAUGACUACGAUGAGCCGCAGAAUGGACCACCCUUUACCUAUGGCAUCGACAGCGACGCCAGCGAUGACAUCAAGCUCAAGUUUAGCAUCAACAACGAUUUUCUGUAUGCCAAUGUAGCCUUUGAUCGCGAAGAGCAAAAGGAAUAUUUUAUUCCCAUUCGCAUAAGCGAUGCCGGACAACCACGUCAGAGCUCCGUGAGCAUUUUGCACUUGAUCAUAGGCGAUGAGAACGACAAUGCCAUGACGGAGGGAUCCUCGCGCAUCUUCAUGUACAACUACAAGGGUGAGGCGCCAGAUACGGACAUAGGACGUGUCUUCGUGGACGAUCUGGAUGAUUGGGACUUGGCGGACAAGAGCUUUGAAUGGAAGGCUGGCUAUCCGCAUGAGCAAUUCCGACUUAAUCCCAGCACGGGCAUGAUCACCAUGCUGCAAGGCACUGCCGAGGGCGAAUAUCAGCUGGAGUUCACAGUCACCGAAGAUGGCGUACAGAUCAAGCGUCAUUCCGUCGAAGCAUUCGUUACGGUGAUAGUGCGUGAACUGCCCGAGGAGGCAGUGGACAAAAGCGGCAGCUUGCGUUUUCAUAAUGUGACCAAGGAGCAGUUCAUCAGCAUCAGCCGCGAUGCGCAAGAAGAUGUCUUCUCCAAAAAGGAGCAACUGCAGCAUCUGCUGGCAACGCUCUUCAAUACGUCGGCGACCAAUGUGGAUGUGUUUACAGUGUUGCAAAACGAGCAUAAUACGCUGGAUGUGCGCUAUGCCGCGCAUGGUUCACCCUACUAUGCGCCCGAGAAGCUCAACGGCAUUGUGGCGCAGCAUCAGCAGGAGCUGGAGCAGCAACUGGGGCUGCAGCUGCUCAUGGUCAACAUCGACGAGUGUCUGGUGGAGCGUCUGAAGUGCGAGAGCUCCUGCACCAAUGAGCUGCACAAGAGCUCAGUGCCCUAUAUGAUUUACUCCAACACAAGCAGCUUCGUAGGCGUCAAUGCCUUUGUCCAGGCGCAGUGCAACUGCGAGGCGAGCUUUAGCUCCCACAUAGUUUGCCUGAACGGCGGCACGCCGCGUUAUGGCGCGCAGGAGCCGUGCGAGUGCAUCGAAGGCUUCACUGGAGCGCAUUGUGAGCUGGUCUCGGUGGGUUUCUAUGGCAAUGGCUAUGCCUUCUAUGAGCCCAUUGCGGCUUGCGAUAAUACACGCAUUAGCUUGGAGCUGGCGCCGCAGCAUGAACAGGGCUUGGUCAUGUACUUGGGUCCACUCAACUACAAUCCGCUGCUGCCGCUGUCCGACUUUCUGGCGCUGGAGCUGGACAAGGGCUAUCCUGUCUUAACUGUGGACUACGGCUCGGGCCUGGUGCGCAUUAAGCAUCAGCAUAUACAACUGCAGCCAGGACGCAGCUAUCAGCUGGACAUUAUACUGCAAAAGUCGAGCAUCGAACUGACCGUAGACAAUUGCCGGCUCUCCACCUGCAUGAGUCUGGGCGCACCACAAGGACCGAAUGAGUUCCUGAACGUCAAUGCGCCGCUGCAGCUGGGCGGCACUCCCGUGGAUCUGCAGCAGCUGGGACGACAGCUCAACUGGACGUAUGUGCCCAAUACUCAAGGCUUCUUUGGCUGUGUGCGCAAUCUAACCAUCAAUGAUCGCACCUACAAUCUGGGCAUGCCGGCGCUGUCCCGCAACAUUGACAGCGGCUGCCAGCGCGCCGUAGCUGUAGCCGUGAGCUUUGGCGUGGAUCCCAACUUCAUAAUUGCCAUCAUUACCUGCAUUGCCUUGCUGCUUAUUAUUCUGCUGGCCGUGGUCGUGCAGAAGAAGCAGAAGAACGGCUGGCAUGAGAAGGAUAUUGACGAUAUACGCGAGACGAUUAUCAACUAUGAGGACGAGGGCGGCGGCGAGCGUGAUACGGACUACGAUCUCAAUGUGCUGCGCACACAGCCUUUCUACGAGGAGAAGCUCUACAAGGAUCCGCAUGCGCUGAUGCAGCAGGGCAUGCGUCAGCCCAAUGAUAUACCUGAUAUUGGUGACUUUUUAGGCGGCAAGAAGGAGCACUGCGAUCGGGAUACGGGCGCCUUUACCGUCGACGAUGUGCGUCAUUAUGCCUACGAAGGCGAUGGCAACUCCGACGGCAGUCUGUCCAGCUUGGCCUCCUGCACCGACGAUGGCGAUCUCAACUUUGACUAUUUGUCCAAUUUUGGGCCGCGCUUCCGCAAGCUCGCCGACAUGUACGGCGAGGAGCCCUCCGACACGGACUCCAAUGUGGACGACGAUCAGGGUUGGCGCAUCUGAAAUUGAAAAAGACUUUUUACGCUUAAGCUUAAGUUGUGUGUAAGCGGUGCAGGCGCAGUCGGCUUAGCUGGUUGCCCCUAUCCCCUACAUUUUGUGAGCUGCUCCCGCGCGCUUCAACACAUUGCAAAGUAUGUAGUAUAUAUAUAAAGAUAUAUAGUAUAUAGGUCUUACGUCUGAUCUUAAACGAGCGUCAAGUUGUUAAUUUAGCUGAAGCGAACAAACGAUUGAUUACAAGCUGAAUUGUAACACACAAAUAUCAUUACAAAAAUAUUAAACAUAUAUCUUAUU